UCCGAAGUUUCCUGUUGGGCACGGGCGAAGCUCGGCGGAGCUGCCUCCUCCUCGCUCCUUGGGAUUUACCGUCGGGAGAGGCUCGGGAAGGGCCCCCGUCACCUCCUCCUCCUCCUGCUCUUCCUCCUCCUCCUCUCCCCAGCCUUCCUCCAUCCUCCAUCCCCGCGGGCGGGCGCCGCACGCCGAGCCCCAACCCCUCCCUGCCCCCCGCUGGAUUUUGGGGGUGCCACCGUGCCUGGAGGGGGGGGCUCGGCCACCCCCCGGAGCCGCGAUUGUCGCCGGUCCCAUGUGAGCUGCAAGGCACGGCUAUGCCCCUGGGGACAUCGCGCUCCGCCCGACUGAGGUGCCGCUGGCCGCGACCAUGAGCGCCGGCGAGAGCCGCGAGCCGCCGCGCCCGGCCGAGGUGCGGGUGCCCAUCACGGCGCUGCCGGCGCCGCGCCGCCCCGCCGAGCAGCCGCCCGAGGAUGCCGGCAGCGGCUCCGGCAGCGGCUCCGGCUCCGGCAGCGGCUCCCCCGGCCGAGAGCCGCCCGCCGAGCUGGGCUCCGAGGAGGAGGAGCAGGUGCCUUACCCGGCGCUGGCACCCACCGCCUUCUUCUGCCUCAAGCAAACCACCCGCCCGCGCAGCUGGUGCCUCAGGCUGGUCUGUAACCCCUGGUUCGAGCACGUCAGCAUGCUGGUGAUCCUGCUCAACUGCGUCACCCUGGGCAUGUUCCAGCCCUGCGAGGACGUGGAGUGCCAGUCGGAGCGCUGCACCAUCCUGGAGGCAUUCGAUGACUUCAUUUUCGCCUUCUUUGCUGUGGAAAUGGUCAUCAAGAUGGUGGCCCUGGGCAUCUUCGGGCAGAAGUGCUACCUUGGAGACACCUGGAACCGCCUGGACUUCUUCAUCGUCAUGGCAGGGAUGAUGGAAUAUUCCCUGGAUGGCCACAACGUCAGCCUCUCCGCCAUCCGCACCGUGCGCGUCCUGCGGCCCCUGCGCGCCAUCAACAGGGUCCCGAGUAUGAGGAUCCUGGUCACGCUGCUGCUGGACACUCUGCCUAUGUUAGGCAACGUCCUCCUCCUCUGCUUCUUUGUCUUCUUCAUCUUUGGGAUUGUCGGGGUCCAGCUCUGGGCAGGGCUGCUGAGGAACAGGUGCUUCCUAGACAGGAAUUUUGCCAUGACAUACAACCUGACCUUCCUCCACCCCUACUACCGGCCGGACGAGGCGGAGGAGAACCCCUUCAUCUGCUCCUCGCACCGGGAGAACGGGAUGCAGAGGUGCUCCAACAUCCCCAGCAGGAAGGAGUCCAAGGUGGAGUGCACGCUGAGCAUGGAGUCCUACAGCCCCAGCCUGGCCAGCCCCGAGCCCAGCAGGAACUCCUGCAUCAACUGGAACCAGUACUACAACAUCUGCAUGGCCGGGGACGUGAACCCCCACAACGGGGCCAUCAAUUUUGAUAAUAUUGGAUAUGCCUGGAUUGCUAUUUUUCAGGUGAUAACCCUGGAAGGAUGGGUGGACAUCAUGUAUUACGUGAUGGAUGCACACUCUUUUUACAAUUUUAUAUAUUUUAUAUUGCUUAUCAUAGUUGGCUCCUUCUUCAUGAUCAACCUGUGCCUGGUGGUGAUCGCCACCCAGUUUUCGGAGACCAAGCAGCGGGAGAACCAGCUGAUGCAGGAGCAGCGGGCGCGCUACCUGUCCAACGACAGCACCAUCGCCAGCUUCUCGGAGCCGGGCAGCUGCUACGAGGAGCUGCUCAAGUACAUCUGCCACAUCUUCAGGAAGGUGAAGAGAAGGACCGUCCGCCUCUACAACAACUGGCAGAGCAAACGCCGGAAAAAAGUCAACCCCAACAGCGGCGGCGGCGGCGGGCAGAGCCAGCGGAGCAGGAGGAGAAUCACCUCCAUCCACCACCUGAUCCACCACCACCACCACCACCACCACCACCACUACCACAUCAGCAACGGGAGCCCGCGGGGGCCUCGCGCCAACCCCGAGAUCUGCCAGCUGGAGCUGCAGGUGAUGAAGCCAGGCCGGCAGCUGAUGCUCCCGCCGCCCGCCUCGCCCGGGCCGCAGGGCCCCGCCGGGGCCGUGCACAGCAUCUACCACGCCGACUGCCACGUGGAGGGGCCUCCCGGCGGCUGCAGGGCCACCAGCGGCCCCGUGGGCAGCAAACUGGCUGGGCUGGGCAGCCACGGCAGCAUGAACUACCCCACCAUCCUGCCCUCCCCCGGCGGCAGGGGCGGCUCGGCGGCCCUGCCCAAAGGGAAGAAGAACGGGAAUUCUCCGGCGGCCGUGGGGAACAGCCCGGGGAGUUUGGGCCUGGAUUCGUAUGGGAAGCUGCAGCAGCUGGUGGGAGAGCAUGGUCUCCGCCGGACACCCAGCCGGCUGUCGGGGCUGAGCGCGGCCGGGGCCCUGCCCAGCCCUGGUGGCCCUGGGCUGAGCUGCGAGCUGCAGGACUGUCCCUUCUGUGCCAGCCUCCUGGACGACCCCGAGUUCGCCCUCAGCGACUCCGACAGCAACGGCGACUCCGACAGCAACGGCGUCUACGAGUUCACGCAGGACCUGCGGCACGGGGACCACCGGGACCAGCUCCAGCAGCAGCGGGGCAGGAGGAGGAGGAAGAAGAAGAAGGCCAAGGAGAGGAACAAGGUGAUGAAGCUCUGGAAGGCGUUCGGCACCAAACUCAAGAGGAUCGUGGAGAGCAAAUACUUCAACCGCGGGAUCAUGAUCGCCAUCCUCAUCAACACCCUCAGCAUGGGCAUCGAGUACCACGAGCAGCCAGACGAGCUGACCAACGCCCUGGAGAUCAGCAACAUCGUCUUCACCAGCAUGUUUGCCCUGGAGAUGCUCCUGAAACUCCUGGCCUUUGGGAUCUUUGGCUACAUCAAGAACCCCUACAACAUCUUCGACGGGAUCAUCGUGGUCAUCAGUGUCUGGGAGAUCAUCGGGCAGUCGGACGGGGGCCUGUCCGUGCUCAGGACGUUCCGGCUGCUCCGCGUGCUCAAGCUGGUGCGCUUCAUGCCCGCCCUGCGCCGCCAGCUCGUGGUGCUCAUGAAGACCAUGGACAACGUGGCCACCUUCUGCAUGCUGCUCAUGCUCUUCAUCUUCAUCUUCAGCAUCCUUGGCAUGCAUCUUUUUGGGUGCAAGUUCAGCCUGAAAACCGACACGGGAGACACGGUUCCAGACAGGAAGAAUUUUGAUUCCUUACUUUGGGCCAUUGUGACUGUGUUCCAGAUCCUCACGCAGGAGGACUGGAACGUGGUGCUCUACAACGGCAUGGCCUCCACCUCCUCCUGGGCUGCCCUCUACUUCGUGGCCCUGAUGACCUUUGGCAAUUACGUGCUCUUCAACCUCCUGGUGGCCAUCCUGGUGGAAGGAUUCCAGGCAGAGGGAGAUGCCAACAGGUCAGACACAGAUGAGGACAAGACAUCUGCCAACUUCGAGGACGAGUUUGAGAAGCUGAAAGACCUCAGAGCAACAGAGAUGAAGAUGUACUCGCUGGCCGUCACCCCCAACGGGCACCUGGAGGGCAGGGGGGCCAUGCCCCCGCCCAUCAUCAUGCGCACGGCGGCCACCCCGAUGCCCACCCCAAAGUGCUCCCCGCACCUGGACUCCCUGCACGCCCCCGGGGACUCGAGGAGGGGCAGCAACGCCUCGCUGGACCCCACGGGCUACGACCAGAAGUCCUUGUCCAGCCUCCGCAGCUCCCCCUGCGCCAACUGGGCCACCGGCAGCAACUGGGGCAGCCGCCGCUCCAGCUGGAACAGCCUGGGCCGGGCGCCGAGCCUCAAGAAGAAGAACCAGUCAGGAGAACGGGAAUCGCUGCUCUCCGGAGAGGGCAAGGGCAGCACGGACGACGACUCGGACGACGCCAAGUCCAGCACGCCCAGCCGGCCCUCGCCGCCGCGCCGCGCGGAAUCCCUGGAUCGCCACGGCUCCCAGGAGCUGCCCGAGCUGCUGCGGGUGCCCUCGGUGCGCCAGCUGGGCCUGGGCCCCGCCGCCCUGCUGCCCGCCGAGUUCCACGGCUGCAACGGCAAGAUGGGCCACGGCGCCGAGUUCUUCCUCAGGGUGGACGGGCACAAGGAGGACGCCGCGCUGGACUACGAGGAUGACGCGGAGGAUAGUUAUUGCUACCGGAUCCGCAAAGCCCUGGAGCCCUACAAACCCCAGUGGUGCAAGACUCACGAGAACUGGUCCCUCUACCUGUUCUCCCCACAGAACAGGUUCCGAGCGAUGUGCCAGAAGGUCAUUGCCCACAAAAUGUUUGACCACGUGGUGCUGGUCUUCAUCUUCCUCAACUGCAUCACCAUAGCUCUGGAGAGACCAGACAUCGACCCCCUGAGCACGGAAAGGAUAUUCCUAAGUGUCUCUAAUUACAUCUUCACUGCCAUCUUUGUGGCUGAAAUGAUGGUUAAGGUGGUAGCUCUUGGCUUUUUCUCUGGGGAGAACACAUAUCUGCAGAGCAGCUGGAACGUCCUGGAUGGAGUGCUGGUCUUUGUAUCCAUCAUUGACAUCAUUGUGUCCAUGGCAUCAGCAGGAGGAGCCAAAAUCCUGGGAGUCCUUCGUGUGUUGAGGCUUCUGCGGACCCUGAGACCUCUCCGAGUCAUCAGCAGAGCCCCAGGUCUGAAGCUGGUGGUGGAAACCUUGAUCUCCUCCUUGAGGCCCAUUGGGAAUAUUGUUCUCAUCUGCUGUGCUUUCUUCAUUAUCUUUGGGAUUUUAGGGGUCCAGCUUUUUAAAGGCAAGUUCUACUACUGUGAUGGCCCUGAUGUCAAAAACAUCACCACGAAGGCUGACUGCACCAACGCUCACUACAAAUGGGUCCGGAGGAAGUACAACUUUGACAAUUUGGGGCAGGCCCUGAUGUCCCUGUUUGUCCUCUCCUCCAAGGACGGCUGGGUGAACAUCAUGUACGACGGGCUGGAUGCCGUGGGCAUUGACCAACAGCCCAUCCAGAACCACAACCCUUGGAUGCUGCUCUACUUCAUCUCCUUCCUGCUCAUCGUCAGCUUCUUCGUGCUCAACAUGUUCGUGGGGGUGGUGGUGGAGAACUUCCACAAGUGCCGGCAGCACCAGGAGGCGGAGGAGGCGCGGCGCCGGGAGGAGAAGCGGCUGCGGCGCCUGGAGAAAAAGCGCAGGAGUAAGGAGAUGUACCUGUCUGAAGCCCAGCGCAGGCCCUACUACGCCGACUACUCCCCGGCCAGGAGGUACAUCCACAGCCUGUGCACCAGCCACUACCUGGACCUCUUCAUCACCUUCAUCAUCGGCGUCAACGUCAUCACCAUGUCCAUGGAGCACUACAACCAGCCCAAGUCCCUGGAUGAAGCCCUCAAGUACUGCAACUACGUGUUCACCAUCGUCUUUGUGUUCGAGGCACUGCUCAAGCUGGUGGCCUUUGGUUUCCGGAGGUUUUUUAAGGACAGGUGGAACCAGCUGGACUUGGCCAUAGUCCUGCUGUCCAUUGUGGGCAUCACUCUGGAGGAGAUCGAGAUGAACGCUGCCCUUCCCAUCAACCCCACCAUCAUCCGCAUCAUGAGGGUGCUCAGGAUAGCCAGGGUGCUGAAACUGCUGAAAAUGGCCACGGGCAUGAGAGCUCUGCUGGACACGGUGGUGCAAGCCCUGCCCCAGGUAGGGAACCUUGGCCUACUUUUUAUGCUCCUGUUUUUUAUCUAUGCUGCCCUGGGAGUGGAAUUGUUUGGCAAGCUGGAUUGCAGUGAGGAGAAUCCCUGUGAAGGCCUGAGCCGCCACGCCACCUUCACCAACUUCGGCAUGGCCUUCCUCACCCUCUUCAGGGUGUCCACGGGGGACAACUGGAACGGGAUCAUGAAGGACACGCUGCGGGAGUGCACGCGGGAGGACAAGCACUGCCUCAGCUACCUGCCCGUCAUCUCCCCCGUCUACUUCGUCACCUUCGUCCUCAUCGCCCAGUUCGUCCUGGUCAACGUGGUGGUGGCGGUGCUGAUGAAGCACCUGGAGGAGAGCAACAAGGAGGCCAAGGAGGACGCUGAGAUGGACGCUGAGAUCGAGCUGGAGAUGUCCAGAGGAACGGGCGGGAGCAGGAGCGGGGCCGUGGCCCUGGAGAGCCGGGCGCUGCACGGGAACCUGGAGCACACCAAGGGGAAGCACCAAGGCCUGGGCAGUGCAGCCUCGCUGAGGGCCCAGGAUUCCCAGAACCUGCUGACGGUCCGGAAGAUCUCCGUGUCCCGCAUGCAUUCCCUGCCCAACGACAGCUACAUGUUCCGGCCCGUCGCCCCGGCCACGGCCCCGCUGCCCCUGCACGAGGUGGAGAUGGAAACCUACCCCUGCAAAGCCCAGAGAGGAUCCAUCACCUCCACCCGCUCCCAGCCCGUGGUGGGCAGCUCCUCGCUGCGGGUGCCCGCAGAGGCGCUGCCGGCGGCCGCGCGCUGCCCCGGCCACGACGGGCGGCACCGCUGCAAGGGCCCGGCCCCCCACGGCACCCCCCGGUCUCCUGCUCUCAGCAAGCUGCUCUGCAGACAGGAGGCCGUUCGGACGGACUCGGUAGACGGACAGACUCCAGAGCACAAAGACAGCCUGCAAGCAGAGCCCGGAGAGCCCCAACCAUCAGCAAAGCAGCCCCAGAGCACCCUCACCCCCAGCCCUCUCCAUUCCCCCCUCCCAGCCACCCCUCCACGCUCCCCCCCAUCCUCCCCACACCGGCCCCUGGGCCCCCUGGCACGGAAGCACACGUGUGGCCAGCACGGCGUUCCCAGCCGGCCGCCCAGCCCCAGCAGCCCCCCUGGCCCCGAGGGCUGCCCGGGCGAGCCCUCAGACCUGGCUGACGAGGAGGUUCGGCACAUCAACAGCUCGGCCAAAGACUGGGCAGAGGAGCACUCGGACCCCGGCAGCCGCUCCACCUCGCCCUUCACCUCCCCGGCCCCGUCCCCGGUGCCCCUCAAGAACUGCAGCACAAGCAGCCUCUCCCGCAGGGAGAAGGACUUGAAGAAGUUCUACAGCACCGACACCAAGGGCUUCCUCAGCAAGCCCAGCUGGGCCGACGAGCAGCGGCGGCAUUCCAUCGAGAUCUGCCCCUCUGGCUUCCAGGAGCCCGCUGAGGACAAGCAGCGGCCCCCCGGCCACGUCCAGCCCGAGGCCGACUACAUCCACGGAGCCCGGAGGAAGAAGAAGAUGAGCCCGCCCUGCAUUUCUAUAGAUCCUCCCAUGGAGGACGAGGGAGCGGCCGCCCCACGCACCAAACCCUCCGAGAACACCCUGCUGCGGAGGAGAACCCCGUCCUGCGAGUUCCCGGCCUACCGAGAAUCCCUGGAGCUCCCGGAGAGCCGAGGGGAGCACCUCAGCAUCCCCAACUUCUCCUUCGAGCAGCUGGACGGCGGCUCCUUGAGCAGCCUCUCGGAGCUGCUGGACAGCGGGCAGCCCACGCCGGCCUCCGUGGACUCGCGGCCGGAGGCCGAGCUGAGGAAACAGGAUCACUUAAAAACUCAGCGGGGCAACGGCAAAGAGGGGGGCAAAGAGCUGCUGGGCACUGCCAAGAGCCCCCCGCACAAGCA